AUGCCCUCCUGGGCCCUCUUGGUGGUCACCUCCUGCCUCCUCCUGGCCCCCCAAAACCUGGCACAAGUCACCAGCCAAGGUGCCUCCUUGCUGGCCUCGGAUUCAGAGCCUCUGAACUGUUUCUCUCGAACAUUUGAGGACCUCACUUGCUUCUGGGAUGAGGAAGAGGCAGCGCCCAAUGGAACAUACCAGCUGCUGUAUGCUUACCCAGAGGAGAAGCCCCGCGCCUGCCCUCUGAGCUCCCAGAGCGUGCUCCCCUUUGGAACCCGAUACGUGUGUCAGUUUCCAGCCCAGGAGGAAGUUCGCCUCUUCUUCCCCCUGCACCUGUGGGUGAAGAACGUGUUUCUGAACCAGACUUUGACCCAGCGGGUACUCUAUGUGGACAGUGUGGGCCUGCCAGCUCCCCCAGAUAUCAUUAAGGCUUCGGGCGGGAGCCAGCCAGGGGAACUUCAGAUCAGCUGGGAGGCCCCAGUUCCCGAAAUCAGUGAUUUCCUGAGGCAUGAACUUCGCUAUGGCCCCAAGGAUCCCAGGAGUUCCAUUGGUCCCACAGUCAUGCAGCUGCUGCCCAAAGAAACCUGCUGUCUAGUUCUGCAGAGACUGAACCCAGACCCAGCUCUGCACCAGCCUCCAUGUGCUCAGCCCAUGAUGCCCCAACAGGACGGACCAGAGCAGACCUUCCCAACUAGAGAAGCUUCAUCUCUAACAGUGAGGAGCGGAAGUUGUCUCAUCUCGGGGCUCCAGCCGGGUAAAUCCUACUGGCUCCAGCUGCGCAGCCAACCUGAUGGGGUCUCCCUCCAUGGCUCCUGGGGAUCCUGGUCCCUCCCUGCAACCGUGGACCUGCCUGGAGAUGCAGUGGAAAUCGGACUGCAGUGCUUUACCUUGAACCUGAAGAAUGUUACCUGUCAGUGGCAGCAACGGGACCACGCUAGCUCCCGAGGCUUCUUCUAUCACAGCAGGGCACGGUGCUGCCCCGGACACAGGGAUCCCAUUUGGGAGAAGUGUGAAGAGGAGAAAAAUCCAGGAUUACAGCCCUCCCAGUUCUCCCGCUGCCACUUCAAGUCACGAAACGACAGCAUUAUUCACAUCCUUGUGGAGGUGACCACAGCCCAGGGUGCUGUUCACAGCUACCUGGGCUCCCCUUUCUGGAUCCACCAGGCUGUGCUCAUCCCCACUCCAAACUUGCAAUGGAGGGAGGUCUCCAGUGGGCAGCUGGAAUUGGAAUGGCAACACCCAUCAUCCUGGGGAGCCCAAGAGACCUGCUAUCAGCUCCGAUACACAGGAGAAGGCCAUCAAGAUUGGAAGGUGCUGGAGCCGCCUCUCGGGGCCCAGGGAGAUACCCUGGAGCUGCGCCCGCGCUCCCGCUACCGCUUACAGCUGCGCGCCAGGCUCCACGGCCCCACCUACCAAGGCCCCUGGAGCGCCUGGUCAGACCCGGUGAGGGUGGACACCACCUCCGAGACCGCCUGGAUCACCUUGGUGACCGCUCUGCUCGUGGUGCUGGGCGUCAGCGCCCUCCUGGGCCUGCUGCUGCUGAGGUGGCAGUUCCCUGCGCUCUACAGGAGCCUGAAGCACGCCCUGUGGCCCUCACUUCCAGACCUGCACCGGGUCCUAGGCCAGUACCUUAGGGAUGCUGCAGCGCUGAGUCCGCCCAAGGCUGCAGUCUCAGAUGCCUUUGAGGAAGUAGAACCCAGCCCCCUUGAAAUUCUACCCAAGUCCUCAGAGAAGACUCCAGUGGCCCUGUGUUCCUCCCAGGCCCAGAUGGACUACCGAGGCUUGCCCCCUUCUUGCCUGGGGACCAUGCCUCUGUGUGUGUGCCCACGCAUGGCGGAGUCGGGGUCCUACUGCACCACUCACAUCGCCAACCAUUCCUACUUACCUCUAAGCUGCUGGCAGGCCCCUCUCUCCCCAUACCCUGGACAGAUCCAAACCCACCAGACUUCUUUUUUCAACCUCCCUACCCACCCCAACCCCACAACACAAACAUCUCAGACCUCACGUCCAUCCCCCUCUGUCUGUCCUCAUAGUUGGGCUCCCCGACACUGACAACGUUUGGUACUGCUGCUGACAUAAAGCCGGGUUCAUGUAUUUGACUAAGCUCCUCUAACUCGCCUGUUUUCUCUCUCCUCCCUAAUGCUCGACUCCUUGAGAAGACAUCUCCACAUCCCCACUUCCCAUUUGCUCUUCAGACCAUUUCGGUUAGUUCUCCUGCUUUGCUAAGGAAACUACUCAGGCCCAGUUCACUGUAAACCCUGUAAUUGCCAUGUCUGGUAGGGUCUUGUCAAUCCUCAAUUUAUUUGGUCUCUCUGGGCAUGUCAUGGUGACAGCUCAUUUCUCCUUUAAAUUCUCUCCUACCUUGGCUUCCAUAAUAUCACCAUCUCUCCUGGCUCUGAGUAUAUGAGUAGUUAAAAGCACAAACUCUUGAGUCAGAGCUGUGUUCAAUUCCUCUCUUACCUACUUGCUAGCUGUGUAACCUUGGGCAUGUAAUUU